UGGAAGUAGCCGCGUCGGUGUGGUGCGGGCUCAUGCUAGGUGGCUAGACUUUUGCCAUAUUCAUGUAAAAUCUGCCCAGAAAUAAUUCUUAACGUGAAGUGUGCACCGGAACAAUCGUCACAAUGAGUAUACUGGCGAAAAUAGCAGAAAUCGAAAAUGAGAUGACCAGGACUCAAAAGAACAAGGCCACAGCUCACCACUUGGGUCUGCUCAAAGCACGUCUAGCCAAACUGAGGAGGGAACUCAUCACACCGAAAGGCGGCAGUGGGGGUGGACCAGGGGAAGGCUUCGAUGUGGCAAAAACUGGUGAUGCUCGAGUUGGAUUUGUUGGUUUUCCCUCGGUAGGAAAGUCCACCCUGCUCAGUAACCUUGCAGGUGUGUACUCUGAGGUUGCAGCCUACGAGUUCACAACUCUUACAACAGUGCCUGGAGUUAUUCGGUAUAAAGGCGCCAAGAUUCAGCUCUUGGAUCUCCCAGGAAUCAUUGAGGGAGCCAAGGAUGGCAAGGGAAGAGGCAGACAGGUCAUCGCAGUGGCUCGAACCUGCAAUCUAAUCCUGAUAGUGCUUGAUGUGUUGAAGCCUCUUCUUCACAAGAAGCUAAUUGAGCACGAGCUGGAGGGCUUUGGCAUCCGACUCAACAAGCAGCCACCAAACAUCGGGUUCAAGAAGAAGGACAAAGGAGGUAUCAAUUUCACUGCCACGUGUGCACAAAGUGAGCUGGAUGCUGAGACGGUUAAGAGCAUCCUUUCAGAGUACAAGAUCCACAACGCCGACAUAACUUUGCGCAGUGAUUGCACAGCCGAUGACCUUAUUGAUGUGGUGGAAGGAAACCGGGUCUACAUCCCGUGCAUUUAUGUGCUCAAUAAGAUCGACCAGAUCUCCAUCGAGGAGCUUGACGUCAUCUACAAAGUCCCCCACUGCGUGCCCAUCUCAGCCCACCACCGCUGGAACUUCGACGACCUGCUGGAGAAGAUGUGGGACUACUUGCAGCUUGUGCGCAUCUACACCAAACCCAAAGGCCAGCUACCUGAUUACACAUCUCCUGUCGUACUCCCUAACGGACGGACUUCUGUGGAGGAUUUCUGCUUAAAGAUUCAUAAAAACCUCAUCAAAGAACUCAAGUACGCUCUCGUGUGGGGCUCGUCUGUGAAACACAACCCGCAGAAGGUGGGCAAAGACCACGUAAUGGAGGAUGAAGAUGUUAUCCAGCUGGUGAAAAAAUAAAAGAAGUUUUAAGUCACUGCAUGACCUGUGCAUCAAAAAGUUGCUCUGUAAAUCACCAAACAUGUCCAAAACAACUCUCUGUCUCUCAUCGGCUGGCUUUAAUAAUAAAAAAAAGUGAUAUAUCACAUUUGGGGGGGAAAAAACAGUACUUAACAUAAUUAAUAGUUCAUAUUGAAUGUUGGUUAAGGCUUGCAUUUAAAACAAAACUGUACAAUAAAAAUUAAUUGAAUCCUU